AUGGUUAUUAUCGAUCGCUUAGAACUAAUUGAUCGUGUACUGACUUGUUCUUUCUGUUUCGUUUUUCUACUGGGCCCAUUCAUCACCGCAGACGCCAACAAGAAUAACGCUGAUCUUUACGGAGCUGACUUGACCGAGUUUUGUCAAUCAGAGAAGUUUCAGGUAGGCUGUUCAAACCCAGAUGAAGUGAUUUAUGUAACAUAUGCAGCAUCUGGGAUCAUCCAAGGCAAGUGCUAUUCUAAUAACUUUGGGCAGAUUGGCUGCUUCGAUAAUGUUACUGAUUACAUGAACUACAAAUGUGCCGGCCAAAAGAGUUGCUCUUUUAAGAUAUCAGAUGAUGAAUAUCUGGAUGAGUUGUUUAAGAAAUGCAUGAAGGAAUUCAAGAGAGCACUCUUCAUUAAACAUGAAUGUAUAAAAGUUGACAAAUCGGCCUGCACAACCUGCUCAGAACAUAGGACAGCUAGACUGAGUUAUAAAUCUGGUUUUCUGUCUAGUCUCAUAGCUGAUGAAACUAAGAAUGGAAUUCAAUGUGGCUCUUAUAAAUGUCCCUGGUCGUUUGUUGUCUCUCCCGGUCAGAGGAUCAACAUAAGUAUCCAUGAUUAUACUGGGUUCAUUUUGAAGAAGAAUUCUCUUAAUAAGUAUAAUGAGAGAGGAGAUUGCUUGAGACUGAUGACAAUUAGGGAGAAGUCCAACCCGAAAGAUGUGGAGGUCUGUGGAGGAGGAGGGGUCAUAGGUCACAGACAGGUGUACUUGAGUACCAGCAACUCGGUUGAGAUGUACAUCAACGUUGAUGGGCACGCCAGAGGGCAGCAGUUCAUCGUUCAUUACGAAGCCUCCGGCUGCCCGGAUAUAAUCCCAACGCAGAACAUGUGGAUGAACAGGAAGGUGGACAAACUUGAGGUCGGCUGUUUGCCCUCGGAUAGUUCAUCGUGGGAGAUGGUUUGCGUUAAUAACGAGUGGAAGGGUACCAUGGGCAGCUGUGACCCCAGUGACCCCCUCAUGGGAAGUGUAUUCAGUAAAAUUGGAACAUCUAUGUCCUCAUUUUUUUCUUCUCUUCCGUUUGGCAUAUUAUUGGCCGGUGUACUAGCAAUAAUAAUAAUCCUCAGUGUCUGCAUAUUGACUGUUGGUUAUGUCUGCUACAAGAAGAGUCACCAUCAGAUGGGCUACAAGAGGAGGCCUCAGUCAAUAUCAGGUGACCAGUACAUCGACCUCAACGACCCCAAUAAUCUCCUGGUUCAAAAGGUCAUUGUUGGCAAGACCAUGACCUGCAAGGGUGGCAAGGGGUACAACUACGCCAACACCACUGUUGUCGACUGUGGGCCCAAUGAAAACAAAUAUGCAGGUCGGGCCAUGAUGAUGGCCAAUCAGAUGAUACAAAGUGGUGGAGGGGUGAGGCCCCUUCCUUCCAUACCUGACCUUCGUGGUACUGGAGCAAAUACGAAUCAUAGGGGAGGAGGUGUAGCUGGCGGUGCCGCCCAGCCUCCUCGAAUGAUGAUUCGUAGUUAUGGCGAUGGGGUGGGCAUGGGCGUGAGACCUCCUGGAGCAUACCCCCACGUGCAGGGGGGCAUCAGACCCGACCAACAACAACAGCACGAAUACUAUGUCAUUGAAGAUAGAAACAGAAUGAACAACAUGAACAUGAUGAACAACAACACUGGAAGCAGUGCUGGUAAUGAUAGCGAUAGUUUUCCUCCACCCCCCGACCUUCUGUUCCCGGCUGACUCAACUCAAGGUAGUCUCAUGAGACCUCAUCAACAGCAACAACAACCCCAAUUCAGUCAACAGCAGCUUGUCAGCAGUCUAGCCCAACAGCAACAACAGAUAAAUGCAGCUGCUCCUACUUACAAACCGCCUAUGACAUUGUCCUCUGCUCUUAAACAGCAAAACAACACCUAUGAAAAUCAGCAGGUUAUUUUAGGAACCAUGGCAACGGCUGGCAUCACAGCUGUUGCGGCUGCAAGCACAGCUAUGGCGGGCAAAGCAGCUAUAAGUGAUUCUACUGGUCCAAGUAUAUCAGCUCCUCUUGAUAUCUAACAGCUAAUAAUGAUUACAUGAUUGCUAUCAUUAUCUUAAGUGUAAAAAUCCGGGUAGAUGUAUGUCUGUCUUGGACAUCAACAUUCGUAUAUUAAUGUUAAUGAUAUUCAGUUAAGGAUCUGUCAAGCCCUAUGUCAAUAGCACAUGUAGGUAGGAUAUAUAUAUAUAUAUAUAUAUAUAUAUAUAUAUACGUCUAUCUAUUCAUACACAUGGGCUCUAACUAGCUAAGUAAAAAAAUAACUUUUUUCAGUGUAAAUUUUUGUUGAGGUACACGGUAUACUUCUAUCUAAUGUAUAUUAUUGGUUUUUAAUUCAGUGUUCAAUGUGAGUGAUUUAUGUCCAAAUGAAUAUAUAAAUAAAAACAUGAGGGGAAGAUGAUUUGAAAUAUUUCAAACAACUUUUUAAUGAACUUGUUAUUAUAUAUUAUUAAACAAACGCGUAAAACAAUCUUUGCUUUCAACUAUUUCAUAUUAAUGUUUUUUGUUAUUAUUGUUAGAGUUGUCCUUAAUAUUAUUAUUUUUGUUGUUGUUGUCCUCGUUAUUAUUAUUAUUAUUAUGUAUUCUUCUUAUCUUGUAUUAUGUUUUAUUAAAGUUGUUUAAUAUUGCAUUCAAUCAAGCUAUGUUAAAAAAAAAUAUGGGUGUGUUAUGGUAUGAGUAUAUGAGUGCUGCGUUGAUCUGAGUGUUUUUUUGCUUGUUUGUUCGCGUGUAUUUAGUGUAGUGCGUGUGUGUGUCUGUGUGUAUAUAUAUCCGUGCGUGUGUGUGUACGCGCGUGUAUUUGUGUGAGUUUGAGUGUAUGCACAUGAUUCAGAUAAUAUUGUCCUGUUGCAUUUAUCCGUUAAAUCAUGGCUUUGGAAAUUUCAUAUUUCAUUCAACUUUUUUAAACUAGAAUUUUAUGUUUUGUUCGUAUUUUUGUUUUAUUUUAAUCUAUAGAUAUUUUGUUUAUUUCAAGUUUUUUUGAUUUUAGUUUGUUUACAAUAUCACUGAAAAUUGUUUGGAUAGCUUUCAUUCUUGCAUUCAUGUAUAGUAUCAUGUAUAGUAUAGUAUCGAACUCGUUUUCUACGUCAUGCUUAAGAUAUGAAAUAAAUAUUCUUAUUAAUAUACUACUAGUCUAUGCUAUUUAGUUUUCGUGAUAAUGAGUUGAAAUUUAUUUUAAUCAAGUAUAUCUAAUUGAAAUUUUUAGUUAUUUAAAUUUAUUUAACAAUCUUAACUAAUUAAAUAAUUAAUUAUUUUUACACUUUUAAUUAAAUGUUUCUUAUUAAUGUCAGUCGUCAUUGGCGUGUCAUUGUACGAUAUAUUAUAUUAUAUGAACAUAAAAUCGCUUUUUUGUUUUUUAUAUUAAAUUUUCUCGCAUUAUUGCUGUAAUGUUUUGUUAAAGUUACUUUUUACUGGCAGUUUAAUGAUGAAAAUAAAUUGUGAAAUUUCUUUUAUUUUGUUAUUUU